GCGCGUGUCUGUGGACGAAGAGCGCGCGGUCACCCCUCUCCUGCUCGAUCUUCGGUUCCACUUUAACAAACCUAUCCAAUCAAAUAAAGCAGAGUUUCUGAGGGCGCGCCUUGUCCGCGAUGGAGUGAUUUCACAUUUCUGCAAAAGUAACAAAUCUCGCUCAUACGCUAUGGAUCUAAACCUCACAUUAACAGAGCUCGACUCCAUCCAACUGCGCGUCUUGACGGAGCAACUUGUGGCGCGCGCGAACAAUUCGGCUCCGCUGCGCCACAACGAGACGGAUCCCGCUACUCAGGAGGACUUGGACGUGAACACGGACAUUUACUCGAAACUGCUGGUCACCGUGAUUUACGUGGUCCUGUUCGCUAUCGGCUGCCUCGGAAACUCUAUAACGCUUUACACCUUGCUGACGAAAAAGUCUCUUCAGAACCUGCAGAGCACCGUGCACUACCACCUGGCGAGCCUGGCCGUGUCUGAUCUGCUCAUCCUCCUGUUCAGCAUGCCCGUGGAGCUCUACAACUUCAUCUGGGUGCACCACCCGUGGGCGUUUGGCGCUGCCGCAUGCAAGGGUUAUUACUUCCUGCGCGACGGCUGCUCGUAUGCGACGGCGUUCAACGUGGCGAGUCUGAGCGCCGAGCGCUACAUGGCCAUCUGCCACCCAUUUAAAGCGAAAAGCGUGAUGUCGCGCAGCCGCACGAAGAAGCUGAUCAGUGCCAUGUGGGCCGCGUCCUUUCUGCUCGCCACACCGAUGCUUUUCACCAUGGGCCAGAAGAGCGUGGACAGUGAACUCAUAUGCACCACCAUCGUGUCCCAGGUCACUGCCAAAACUGUCCUUCAGGUGAAUGCAUUCCUUUCAUUUGUUGUUCCAAUGGGUCUGAUCUCAGUGCUGAAUGGAGUCAUUGCCAGUCAGCUUCUACGUAUGUUUCGUGAGGCAGCUCAGGACAACCGAGUCUGCCUGGUUGGGGGUAAUGCCACUACCCUCAGUGUUGCUGUGGAGCCUAACCGUGCCCAGUCUCUUCGCCAUGGUGUUCUGGUAUUGCGAGCUGUAGUUAUUGCGUUUGUCGUCUGCUGGCUACCCUAUCAUGCCCGCCGUCUGAUGUACUGUUAUGUGAAUGAUUGGACUGACACUCUUUAUGACUUCUACCAUUACUUCUACCUUUUCACCAACGUGCUGUUCUAUGUGAGCUCAGCAAUCAACCCAGUCCUGUACAACCUCGUCUCGACCAACUACCGCCAGAUCUUCUUCUCCACGCUGCACAAUUUCUGCUUGCCAUGCCGACGUAAGAAGCGAAUGCGCAUGCUAACCAGGCACUCUAUCAGCAUUUGCAGUAACCACACUUUCUCUACCAAUGUCAUUAAAGAGACUGUCUAUUGAUAAACACCAAAAGCCCAUCACAAAGUAAGUGUAAUCCUAGCAAAGAUACUGUUAUUACAUUUUAUCAUUUUAGUUCCUUAGCCUUAGUGGUUAGAAAAAAGAUCCAAGCAGCAUUGCAAACUUACAAAACUAAGCAUAAAAUUUAAAUUAAGUACUGUAUCAUUGGUUCUGUUUACAUGUUUUUAUUUUUUAAUUGUGUAAAUACUGUAUAUACUGUAAAAUGCAAUUUAAAUGGGUGUUCAGUUUCAUAUACAUCUGAAUUCCAAGACACACAAGAUUACUGUACAAUAAAUCUUUAUACUUUUUUUUCCUUA